AUGGGAGUAGAAAUAUUCAACUUCUUCGUGAUUUUUACUUUUAUUUACUCCCUGAUUUAGAAAGUGUCCCAAAAUUUAGCCUGACGACCACGCUGUACAAAAGCUUUCCUAACGUUAAUGUUAAUCUCAAGAAGAAAAAAAACGGACCACUUGCACAAUGAAUGUAGGAUAGAGUUAGAGCAGCCCAUCUGCUUUACCGACACAUUAAACAUCUAUGUAGGCUAGAUUUUUGUACGAUUUGUAUCUCGUAAAGUGUUGUAGAUAAGUAUGGGAGUACACGGACUUUGGAAACUACUGGAGAGCACGGGGAAGCCCAUCAACCCAGAGACCCUUGAGGGGAAAAUUCUUGCAGUCGACAUCAGCAUAUGGCUGAACCAGGCGCUGAAGGGAGUUCGAGAUCGUCACGGCAACCCCAUGCAGAAUGCGCAUCUUCUCACCCUGUUCCACCGCCUCUGCAAGCUCCUCUUCUUCCGCAUCCGACCCGUGUUUGUGUUCGACGGAGAUGCGCCUCUGCUGAAGAAGCAGACUCUGGCCAUCAGGAGACAGCGUAAAGAGGAGAAGGCUCAGGAGUCUCAAGAGACCAAACAGAAACUGCUGAGGACCCUUCUUAAGAAGCAUGCCAUUAAAGCUGCCGUUGGAGACACCAGCCAGGAACCUGUCCCCAGUCUCUCCAGCAUCAGCAGAGAGGAGCCUGAUGACUUAUAUGUGCUUCCAGCUCUACCUGAGCCAGAAGAAAGAGAGAAUAGUUUUGAUGAUGAUGAUGAUGACGCUCCUAAAUGGGAGACUCGUAACAACUGGCAGGAAGACGUGUAUGAAGACCCCGGGGCAGUAGACAUCAACUCUGAGCAGUUUUCUCAGUUGCCACCAGAAAUCAAGCAUGAAAUUCUCAAGGACAUGAAGGAGUUUGCAAAACGACGGCGUACGAUGUACCAAAAACCACCAGAGAAGGCGCGGGACUUCUCCCAGUUCCAGUUGGCGGGGCUCCUUCAGAGGAACCGGCUGAACCAGCGUCUGGAGGGCGUGCAGCAGGAGAUGAGCCAGCAGUCGUCCGCCGGUCUCGACCUGCCGCUGGACACGGAGCAGAGCAUGGAGACUCGACGCCUCGUGUCCGAGGACUCCUCUCACUACAUCCUCAUCAAAGGUCCUAAGGGCAACAGCACCAAGGCAGCGGAUACGAGGCCUUCCUCAAGCCAGCUGACCACAACCACAAGACCACGAGGGAGACCAGAGAGCCUCUGGGAGCCCAUAGCAGAGACCAGCUUUGAACGGCAGGACCAUCCCUUGUCAUUGCCCUCCUCCUCCUCCUCCUCCUCUUCCUUGUCUAAACCCUCACUACACGACACAGGGCUUCAUCAGAACCCAGAGCAACGUCCUCCAUCACCCCGCACCCUCCACGCCAUACAGGCUGCCCUGGACAGCAGCUCUGGGGAGGAGGGGGAUGAUUACUAUGGAGGUGGUGGUGCUGGUGGUGGUGAUUUCGGUCAAAAGAUCCUCCUCAGGUCUCAGGCACACAAACAGAAUCGGAAUGUUUUUCUUUCAUUUUCCACAGGUGGCGGUGGGAAGGAGACAAGAGGUGUCCCUGGGGGUUCCUGGGGUGGCGACCUGUCUCCCCGCACCCUGGCAGCUGUGCAGAAGGCCAUGCAGGAGGACGAGGUGGUCUACUACUCGACGUCGCCUCACCAAGGCAGGGAGGAGGAAGGAGGCUCCAGGGAACACGUUGCUGUGGUGGACUCCCGUACUACGUCGUCUAAGGCCUCCGAACAUCAAGACAUAGUGGAGCCUAGAUCUUUUGGCCAGAGCAUUCUCCCUGUGGUGGAAGCAAAGAGUCUUUUACAACCACAUGGAGGCGCGGUAGUCAUCAGUAGCUCUGACGAAGAGGAGCUGGAUGAUCCCGAACGCAUGUCGAAGAGCAUCAUGAACGUGAACGAGGAGCAGCUGCUCUCCAAGGCGUCAACCCAGAAGCAGGAUGGGUUUACAUCGCUGAAAUCGUUGCCCAACAUCCAGAGAGGAGUGACUGUAGUAGAGGACCUAGAGAGCAGUACUGAGGACGAUGAGGAUGAUGACUUUAACCCCAACACAGCCACCUUGCAAGGGGACAAACAGUCUGUGAUGAAGGUGACGAGUGCAGAUGUUCCUGCCAUCAACAUGACGAAAGAAAAAGCUGUGGCAUCAUCCAAUGACAAAUCCGGUGAAUUGCAGACAUCCACUCCAUUGCUAUCUCCCCAGCCUGUUGGUGGGUUGUCUUCAAGGCAUGAAGUGAUGUCCAGAAAACAAACUGUCCCUGUGGGAAACCAUGGAAAUUUGAGAUUUGAUGGGGACGCUGAAGGGAUCAAGUAUGAGGAAGGAGAGGAAUCGCAUUCAAAGAGAGAAGACGGCAACGAAUCUGAUGAGAGUAGCGCAGAAGAGAACUUCAUUGAAGUGUCAGAGGGUGAGGAAGAGGAGUGGGAGGAGCCUCCCAAGCAAGACGCCGCCCUGACCUUAAUGAAACCACCAAUCAGCAUUGAUCAUACCGAGAAGAAGGAGGAGCCAAUGAAGCAGGAAAUGGAUGAAGAGCAGGAUUCCAAAGAUGCAGAAGGUCUAGAAAGUUCUAGAACCACUUCCCAGAGCACAGAUGAGAGAGGACGAAGCCCUCCGCCGCCAGCUAACAACUGGGAUAAUAUUGACUUGGCCGAGCUGCGGGAGCUGGAGAGCUCGUUGGAGCAGGAGCAGCAUGCCCUGAGAGGGCAGCAGCAGCAACAGGAGAGAGGGGCCUCCAGCGUUACCGGACAGAUGUGCCUGGAGAGCCAGGAACUCUUGCGGCUGUUCGGCAUCCCGUUCCUGGUGGCGCCGAUGGAAGCAGAGGCCCAGUGUGCCGCGUUGGACCGAGCCGACCUGACAAACGGCACCAUCACUGACGACAGCGACAUCUGGCUCUUCGGCGGCCGCCACGUCUACAAGAACUUCUUUAGCCAGGACAAGUACGUGGAGUACUUCCAGUUCGUGGACAUGCAGAACCAACUCGGCCUGGACCGCUACAAGCUUAUCAACCUGGCAUAUCUCCUGGGCAGCGACUACACGGAGGGCAUCCCCGGGGUGGGCUAUGUCACGGGGAUGGAGAUCCUCAACGAGUUUCCAGGACCUUCAACAGAGCCACUCACUCAGUUCAGCCAGUGGUGGGAGGAAGCGCAGAAGAGCAAGAAGCUGGUGUCCAACCCCAAGGACACCAAGGUGAAGCGUAAGCUGCGGGGGCUGAAGCUGCACCCGGGCUUCCCCAACCCCGCCGUGGCCCAGGCCUACCUGCAGCCGGCCGUCGACCAAUCAGAAGCCUCCUUCAGCUGGGGCCGCCCACAUCUGGAGCUCCUCAAGGAAUUUUGUCAAACUCGUUUCGGUUGGACCUACAGGAAGACUGAUGAGACUCUGCAACCGGUUCUCAGGCAGUUAAACUCACAGCAAACGCAGCUGCGGAUCGACUCCUUCUUUCGGCUGGAGCAGCAGGAGAGGAUGAAGAUCCAGAGCCAGCGUCUCCUGCGGGCCGUCACCUGCAUGAAGAGGAAGGAACGCGGGCAAGCCGAGCAGGGAGACGGGGUUGAGGAGGAGGAGGAGGAGGAUGAUGAUGGGGAUGAGACGGAGAGGAGGACAAAAGGCUCGAAGAACGCAAAGUCGAAGAAGGGGGAGGAGGGGCCAGACAAGGAAGUGCAGCCGCAGCAGAAGAAGAAUGAGCCAAUGGGCAGCUUUGUGGGCGGGUCUUCUGGAGGAUUCAUGGGGACUCAGGAGGAAACGGGCGCAGAGCAGUUGGGGCCGUCCGAGGAAACCGUGGUGAAGAAAGAUUAUAAAAACAAGCUGUCACCGUCUCGGGCCGGUAAAGAGAAGUCGAAACAAAAACGCGGGGCUUUGGAAGCGGUUGAGGAAACGAUAGUGAGAAAAGUUUGUAAAACCAACCUGCCAUCAUCUCAGGACGGUAAAGAGAAGGCCUCAAAGUCCCCUCUAAAACGCCCUGCGUGGGAGGCAAUUGAGGAAACAAUAGUGAAGAAGAAGGCCAGUAGCGUCACCCUACCAGCACCAUCUCAGGAAACCAAAAUGGAGACGUCAAAAUCUGAAGAGAAACAACAUUGUCCACAGAAACUAGAGUUGAAUAGCAGCAGUUCAGACUCGGACAGUGACAAUGGCCAACCUGGCGCCAUGGUGACGGCACAGUCCGUCUUCAGCAACAAACCAACAAGGAGGGGGAGGAGAGGCGGUCGAGGGAGGGGUAAGAGGGGACUGUAAAGGGACAUUACAUGCACACCUCAAACGCCAUGUAUGUACUAUGUGCACAGAUGUGUAGAAGCAUUCUGCCCUCCACAAUGACUACAGUUACAUGCAGGGAAUAUUCCAAUUUUCAAAUCCGGAAUAUUGGCAGUAUUUGGUCUGUGCACAAGCCAUGUCAACUCUUAACUCAUUCCAAAUGUAGCCAUAUUCCGAGUUAUUCCGGUAGCGCAAUGCUCUUCCACACAUUAUAUUUCGGAAUAUGUUCUAAACCCAAUAUUGUAUUCUCCCUGAUGUAUCUGCAGUCAUUUUGUUCCACUCCCAAAAUGUCCAAGCUGUUGAGUGAAGCUUGCCCAUAACCUACGCUUAUGAAUUACAAUGACACUCCAACCACAGUCCCAUCAUCAAGCAGCACAGACACUUCUAUCUUCUAUGAUUCGAUAAUAUACAGUCAUGCCAAUAAUGCCUCAUCAGUGACUACAAUUCAAAGAAGACUGCUGUUAAACGUUGUUCCAUUUAUAGGGAUGUGUAUUAUUGUUGUACAUUCUCCUCAUAAAUGCAUAAAAGAAAUGAUAUAAUGUCAUGAGAACUCGAGGGUUUCUUGAGAGAUCCCAGUGUUGAUGGCUUAUUUAUAAUAAUUAAAUGCAGUCUCGUAUACGGCUGACCGUGUUGAUGUACAAAGUAAAAGCCUUGUCAUAAUAAUGGCUCUGAAUCAACCAGCUUUUGGGAACAAGCUUAAUGUCUGUCAUUUCUGGACCUCUGUCAUCAUAGUUUUAAUAAUUCCACAGUUUUCAUACUG